AUGAAAAGAAACGUUCCUUUAGAAGUUUUUGAAAACUUAGAGAAAGAGACACACACUAACAUUGAUAUAGAUUUUCUCAAGACUUUUUAUUCAAACGCUAACCCCACUCACAAUGACGUGUCAGUUUCCAAGCGCAUUAAGAAUAAAAUACAGAUUUCAUUAGAUACUCUUGGCCAUGUAAGAAUACAUUGGCGUCGCCAUGGGGUCGAAAGUAUUGAGAAUUCAAGUCAAGUGGCUGAGACUAAAAGGGUCCACCUAGACCUAUUAUUACGAUCAGUACAACGUCGAGAUUCAAAGUUAAAAGUGAAAAUUCAAGUAUAUGAGUGA